AAGACUCACGGAACAGAACUAUAGGGGCUUGAAGACUCAAGGAACAGAACUAUAAGGGCUUGAAGACUAAAUGUUCACCGAAAACAUGCCUGUUUUACAGUUUGGAACAACCUUGGACACCUCCAAAAAACUAAAAAACGCUCAGAAAGCUCCUCGUGUAUUGAUUAUUGGUGGCGGAGUUGUUGGAAUGACCAGUGCUUUACAGUUGUUGAAUAAAGGGUACAAAGUGACAGUCUUAGCGAAGGAGUACGCCUCCCCAGUCUCCUCCGGUAAACGUAUCACUUCUGAGAUCGCUGGCGCUCUGUGGGAGUGGCCUCCAGCGGUCUGUGGGCGACACACAAACGAAAAGUCACUGGAGAGAGCCAAGGUUUGGUGCAUGGAUGGCUAUGCCAAGUUCAUGGAGUUGGCUAUGAACUCAAAGGAAACUGGAGCUUUCCUCAGACAAUCUAUCUUCUACUUUAAAGACAAGGUGAACAAUCUUCCUCAACAGUUGGAAAAGAUGAACGAACUGAAUCAUUUGCCAGGAUUCCGUCAUGACGCCAAACUCAUCGAAGAAACUGGUGUGAACACAGACACUGGUGUUGUGGACGCAUAUCAACAUAUGGCUCCCAUGGUUGACACAGUCACCUACAUGCAGUGGCUUUAUAAACAGUGUCGUGACAAAGGCUGUCGCUUUGUACACGAUGAGAUUCACGGGUUGUUGAGAGAUCAGGCAGAAGACUUGAAAAAGAAAUACAAAGCUCAGCUGAUAUUCAACUGCUCUGGACUUAGCGCCAAAGAACUGGCAGGAGAUGAAGAUGUCUAUCCCCUAAGAGGAGUGAUUCUUAAAGUGAGAAACGACGGAAGUUUGAUGCCCAAACUCAAUCACUCCAUGUGCAUCUCUAUAAUCAAGGAGUUCGACGAGUCAGAUAAAGAAGGACAAAGCUUCGUGUUCAUUCUACCGAGAGGUGACGACAAAUUGUGGCUGGGUGGAAUGGUACAACCUCAUCAGUGGGACAGAGAUCUGACGCUCGAUUAUCCACCAAUCAGAAAGAUGUUUGAGAAAGUAAAGGAGUUCUAUCCACCUCUUCGUAACUAUGGAGACGAUGAUGUAGAAGAAGUUUUGGUAGGCCUGCGUCCUGCUCGUCAUGGUAACGUUCGUCUGGAGUGGGAUCCUGUGUGUCCUUCUCUUCUGCACAACUAUGGACAUGGGGGCUCGGGUGUGACUUUCUCAUGGGGCUGUGCUAUUGAAGCCAGUGCUAUGGUGGAUCGUGUUUUUAAAAGACCACAGAUUUACCUUUCAAAGCUAUAACCUUUUUUCACCUUUUCCUGUUUUCGUAAUUUAUGAGCUCAUUUUGAACUCCUUGUAGGAGACAGGUCUUGAAUCAGCUGUGCGAUCGAAGGCUAUUGAAUGAAUUGAGAAUGUUACUUGUGCAUUGUACAUUUUAUUUAUCAAAAAAAAAAAACAAAACAAAAGUUAUAUUAUUAUUCAAGCGAAAUUUGUAUAAUACUGUAUGAAA